GGUUGCAUCAGUGGGUAGCGCCGAGAACCGGGCUAGCACGAGCAAAUAUGCUUCACAAAUUCUCUAUUUUGUUUAUUUUUGCGGCAUUCAGUGUUUGUGCAUGUCAGGAUUUGAGCAUCAAGGAGGAAAUAAUUCAAGAUGAAGAAGAUUCUUGGGUGGAUCCCACAGAUAUGUUCGAAUGGCGACCCUCCAAAACCCGGGAAGACCCUGUUAUUGAAAAGGUCGAGCGCCUGGGGAACGCGAACGGAGUUGUUCGGCCGCUGAGCACGAGGGAGCGCAACGAGUGCCGGGAGCAACGCAGAGAACUCUCUGUUUGCCAAAGAAAACUGCGCGAGCUCCAGCUGCUCCGCCACUUAGUUGACGAUGGCGGCGACGAGCCUUGCAUGGAUCGUGAAUUUAUUUACCUGAGACGAUUGGCGCUGAAUCUUGUUAGCAAGGCGAAGAUCGGUCGGAGGGCUCCAGCUGGGAAGGCAGUCAAGCUCGAGAUUUAUAUACCCACCAAAGAAAUUUCAAAGCUGGACGAUCUCGCGAGAGAUGAGUUGUGUACGUCCAUUGGAGAUCUGGAAGCUACGUUAUCCCAUGUACUGAAUCGAUUAGAAGAUCCCAUCAACGAUCUGGAUGAGAAAGCAACAGUUCUAAAGGAGGAAGACACUUUCUUCGGGAAUGCAAAUUCAUUCUGGCUCAUUCCUUUGCUUGCGAUAGCUGGUACUUUCAUUUUCAACAGUGUGUAUAGCAAUCGGCAUUGCGAUCGUCGCUAAGGGUUGGACAUUUCUGCGCACCCCAUCUCGGAGAUAGACAGAAACAACUCCCACGUGAUCGAAGCUUAAUCUUUUCGACGGGCGCAUUCGAUCAAACAGACCGAAGUACAGAAGAAGCCAAUGGAUUCUUCGCUCCCUGACCCAAAUAAUACGAUGGAAUCUACAAGGAUGAACAGUAAAAUAUUGUACAAUAAUUCCG